GUAAUUUUAUGGGAUCCAGUUCGUAAGACAUUUUGUGGUGGAAGUCUACUGAAUGAAAGAUGGGUAGUAACAGCUGCUCACUGUUUUUAUAUGAAACGUAUAAAACAGCCAAUUGAUAAAGACAGAAUUGUCAUAAAGUUGGGUAAACAUGAUCAGUAUAAUUCAGAAGAAGAAGAAUUUAUAACUGGAAUUCAGAGUUAUGUCAUUCAUCCAGGAUAUAAUAGAGGAAAUCAUGAUAAUGAUAUUGCUCUUAUUCAACUGAUACAUACUAUUCAGUUUACUGAUUAUAUAAGUCCCAUAUGCUUAGGAGAUCAACAAUUUGUAAAUGAUGUGUUUUUUGAAAAAUCUUUAUACAUGGGCACUGUAACAGGAUGGGGCCAAUUAAAAGAAGGUGGAGCUCAGCCAAGAUUUCUACAAGAACUUCGAAUGCCAAUUGUAAAUUGGGAUGUUUGUCGUCAAUCCACAAACUAUCGUACAACCAGGAAUAUGUUUUGUGCUGGAUAUGCUGAAGAAAUAAUUGGAGAUGCUUGUAAAGGAGACAGUGGUGGACCAUUUAUUACAGAACAUCAAGGAAUGUGGUACUUAAUUGGUAUAGUCAGUUGGGGUGAAGGAUGUGGACGAAAGGGAAAAUAUGGUUUUUACACAAAAGUGGACAAUUAUCAUCCAUGGAUUAAAGGAAUUAUUAAUUUAUAAUAUGCAUUUCCUAAUUAAUUCUGUAUUCAUUACACUGUAAAAACAAAAUUUGAAAUAAUUGAAGUACACUAAAGUAUUAAUAGAAUAGCAAGUUUUGUUUCUUCAAGAAAAUUAAAGUUUCAUACAUACUGUA